AUGGAUCCGGACGCGCCCCCCGCCCCCGCCGAGCCCCCCGCCCUAUUGAAAUCCUACAAGUGGCGCACGGCGACCCCCGGGACGGAGCCCCAAAAACUCGGGGGGUCCCCGGGGAGCCGGCGCUGGGCGCGGCUGCAGGGCUGGAGGCGCUCGCACAGCCACCCCGACACUGUCGGCGACACAGGGGGCGACAGGGGAGGCGACAGGGGAGGUGUCGCCAAGGCCAGCGCGCGGCGGUCGCUGUUCCGCAGGGCGAUUUCGGCGCCGGGCAAGGUGGCCAAAGCGCCGCCCUCGGGGACAUCCCCGGUGCCACCCUUGGGGACAUCCCCGGUGCCGCCCUCGGGGACAUCCCCGGUGCCACCCGAUGCCACCGUGUGGGACGUGUCCCAGUUCUCGCUGCUGGACGGGCACCUGGUGCCACUGGCCAGGGACAACGAGCAGGGUCCCUGGCGCAGCAGGACCCGCGCUGGCAGUGCCACCUCUGAUGCCACCAACCUGUGCCCGGUGGGCAGGAGGGACCCUGACCCGGCCGAGAGGAGCCCCCGGGCUGAGCCCCCCCCGAGCUCCCAGUUCAGCAACGUCAAGGGGCUGCUGUGGAAGAGGCUCCUCCGGGACAGGAGAAGCCGCGGUGCCACCAAAAGUGACCACGGGGUGGUGGCAGCGCCCGAGGGUGACAGGGUCCCCAGCCGCAGCGGAUCCCGCGAGUCCCUAGUGCCACCAGCCGAGCUGGACCUCACGGGUGACAACGUCAUCGUCCGGCCCGUGCACGGCAGCCUGGUGGGGGAGAGGUUCUGCUUCCAGGUGAUCACCCCCGGCUGCAGCCGCUCCUCCGGCUGCUCCUCCCUGGCCGAGCGCGACCGCUGGAUCGAGGAGCUGCGCCGGACAGCGCAGCCCAACAAGGACAACUGCGAGCGCCUGGACCUGUCCCUGUCCCUGUUCCUCUUCGAGGGCCGCCACCUCCCUCCGCGCCGCCGCCUCCGCUGCCACCUCCAGCUGGACGGCGCCGUCUUCGCCCGCACCACGGCCAAGCCGCCCGGCGACGACGGCCAACUCUUCUGGGGCGAGCUCUUCCCACUUGGCGCGCUGCCGCCGGCGCGCGCCCUCACCGUGACCUUGUGCCACCACCGCCACCACGACCCCGACGGGUGGCACCCGCUGGCCUCGGUCACCAUCCCGCUGGCCGAGCUGGCGGCCUGGCAGCCCCUGGAGCGUUGGUACACCCUGAGCGGCGCCGGCGACGACCCGGCGCCGGCGCUGCGGCUGAGCGGGCGUUACCGGCAGGUGAGGGUGUUGCCCAUCGUGCGCUACAAGGAGCUGGCCGAGUUCAUCACCUUCCACUACCGGGAGCUGUGCGGGCGGCUGGAGCCGGCCAUCGCCGCGCGGCACAAGGAGGAGCUGGCCGGCGCCUUGGUGCGCGUGCUGCAGAGCACCGGCAAGGCCAAGUCGUUCCUGAUCGACCUGGGCGUGGCCGAGCUCGACCGCCUGGACGACCACGAGGCGCUGAUCUUCCGCGAGAACACCUUGGCCACCAAGGCCAUCGACGAGUACAUGAAGCUGGUGGGGGCCAAGUACCUGCAGGACACGCUGGGGGAGGUGGUGGCCCAGCUCUGCAGCUCCGAGGAGAGCUUUGAGGUGGACCCCAGCAAGAUCUCAGGGCUGGAGCUGUUGGAGCCCCAGCAGCACCUGCGGCAGGUGUGCGAGGAGACCCUGAGGCGCAUCACCGACGGCUCCGAGUCCUUCCCGUCGGAGCUGGCCGAGGUGUUCGCGGCGUGGCGGGGCGUGGACGCACGCGGCAAGGAGGACAUCGGCCGGCGCCUGGUGUCGGCCUCGCUCUUCCUGAGGUUCCUCUGCCCGGCCAUCAUCCCCAGCCUCUUCGGCCUGGUCCAGGAGUACCCCGGCGAGGCCACCGCCCGCAGCCUCACGCUGGUGGCCAAGGUCAUCCAGAACUUGGCCAACUUCACCACGUUCGGCGACAAGGAGCCCUACAUGACCUUCAUGAACGACUUCCUGGAGCACCACUGGGCCACCAUGACCGAGUUCCUGCAGGCCGUGUCCAACGCUGAGGCCAGCGCCCACAUGGCCACCUACGACGGCUCCGUGGACCUGGCCCUGGAGCUGGCCACGCUCCACCUGCUGCUCUGCGACAUCUUCUCCAGCCUCGACCAGGCCACGCAGGAGGAGCUGGAGCCGCUGCCCACCAUCCUCAGGGCCAUCAGGGAGGGGACACCUGUCCCCGUGUCCGUCCGCCUCAGCUCCACCGCCAGGAGCCCCUCGGAGCCCCCCAGGCCGGGUUUCCUCGCCCCUCGGGACCUGCCCAAGCACAGCCCCCUCCUCAAGAGCCAAUCCCUGACCAGCGUCCGCCGCCUCCGCGCCCACGACGAGGCGACAACGGCGGCGACAACGGCGGCGACAACGGCGCCACCCCCGGUGCCACCCCCGGUGCCACCCCCGGGGACACCGGAACCGAGCCCGGUCCGGCCCGGCGGUCCCGGAGCGGCGCCGCCGGCACCUGUCCGGUGCCGUUACCGGCUCUCCCGGUGCCGUUACCGGACCCGAUGCCGUUACGGCCCAUCUGUCCCGGUGCCGUUACCGCCCAUUACCGGCUGUCCCGGUGCCAUUAACGGCUCUCCCGGUGCCGUUACCGCCCAUUACCGGCUGUCCCGGUGCCGUUACCGGCCCAUUACCGGCUCUCCCGGUGCCAUUACCGGCCGGUGCCAUUACCGGCUGUCCCGGUGCCAUUACCGCCCAUUACCGGCUCUCCCGGUGCCAUUAACGGCUCUCCCGCCCCGGGGGAAGCUCCGCUCGUCGGCGUCGCUGCCCCGCAAGCCCUCGGUGCCGUGGCAGCGCCCGGCCGAGGACGCAGCGGCACCGGGGGAGCUCUACGGGCUGAGGCCGCUCGAGAAGCACGGGCGGCUGCUGGAGGCGCUGCGGGAGGAGCUGGCGGAGCUGCGGGAGCGCCUGGAGCGGGCGGGGGCCGCAAACGGGGGACGCCUGGAGCGGCUGCGGGGGCAGCUGGACGAGGGCAACGCCCGUCUGUCCCUGCUGUCCCCCAGGCUGACGGCGGCCGAGGGCAGCCGCAGGCAGGACCUGGAGAGGCUGAAAAGCAACGAGGAGAGAGGGCGGGAGCUGGAGCGGCGCCUGGCGGGGCUGGAGCAGGAGCUGCGCAGGGCCCGGGGCCACCCCCGCCAUGUCGCCAAGGUGUCCCCAGGGUGUCCCCAAAGUGUCCCCGAGCGCCACCGCGAGCCCGGCGACGACAGCGACGCCACCAGCGUGUGA